AACCAGCCAGUCCGUAACGACGCGCGAGUCGACCGCACGCUAGCGCGCGAUUAAAAAAUAAAAUUAAAAACAAAAGCAGCCAUGUUGUUCGUUGUAUCUCUUGCGGUCUUGCUGGCCAGUGCUCAAGCCAAAUUUUACACGGAUUGUGGAUCGUCUUUGGGGUCCGUGGCGAAUGUGGGCGUGAGCGGGUGCGAAGACUCAGCGAAGGAGUGCAUCCUCAAGAGAAACACCAAUGCGACCAUCACUAUUGAUUUCACACCUUCGGUAGCAGCGAAAGAGAUAACCACAGAAGUUCACGGAGUCAUCAUGAACCUACCCGUACCGUUCCCUCUGCCUCAACCCGACGCCUGCAAGGGCAGCGGACUGUCCUGCCCGCUCAAGGCCGGUGAACUGGCCAAGUACGUGACGUCACUGCCAGUCCUCAAGUCGUACCCCAAGGUCAAGGUCGAUGUGAAGUGGGAGCUCAAGACCGACAGCGGAGACCUGGUCUGCAUCUUGAUCCCGGCCAAGAUCAAUUAAGUACCAUAAUUAAUACGUCUUACUACGAAAGGAAGUUCUUCGGAUCGACAAAACACGGGGUCAUAGACUCAUGCUACGACCAAGCAUGUGUGAAUUAAAGUUUUAUGAGCCCGGUCAUCAGUUUGGUAUGUGGUUAACCCUUUACCAAGCUAAGGGAUAUAUAUUUCCCACAUACGGCACUUCAAACAUGUGUUCUAUUUUCGAUCAGUAAGCAGUCUUACUGUCGAAUGUCAGUACAUCAUUCUUGAACUGUCAAGUGUCAGCCUGGUAAAGGGUUUCGUCGCUGGAAAGCAAUAAUGCUGUAACUCGCGCUACAACUAUAUUGCGGGUUACAGCAUUAUUGCUUUCCAGCGACGAAGAGUUGUCUUAAAUCCUUUAGUAUUUCGUGAAUCUCGUAAAUAUGAUUAAAGCCGAGAUUCGUGAAAAACGAGUGAAAUACCUAUAUUUCGCCCCAUCACAAUCGUUAAACAAUGAAAAUGCGACCUUUAAGAUAUUUGUAGCUCUAUACCCACUUAUAUUUCAAUGUCACAAUAAAAUAAUUGCUUCAUAAGAACCACAUUAAUUUUGGGGUCAUUAUGAAAUAAGUUUUAGUCUUCUGGACGCCAAUAAUUCCAUUGCGCGUUUCCUUUUGAGAAAUAUUCCCAUUCCUAACGAGGGAAAUAUUACUAGGCGCAGAACUUCACUAUUUGUUAGUAAGAUGUAAAAACAACUUAAGUCCUUAAAAAUAAGGGCUAUAUUUGAUUGGCAGAGAUAAAUGAUAUCGUUUUAAGUUUUUAGUGGUUUGGAGAAAAUAUAAA